UCUCCUAGAGAACGCCAUCGCAAUUCAACUUCUCAUCUCUCUCUCUCUCUCUCUAAUGGCAAACCCUCCUGAGAACCCCAAGAAAUUGCUCAAGGUUCUGUUCACCCACGAGGGCCGCGACUCCCCGAAAGAGGUCCGCAACACCCUCCUCGUCGUCGCCACCCUCAUCGCCGCCGUCACCUUCCAAGCCGGGGUCAAUCCCCCCGGCGGAGUCUGGCAGGACAGCUCCGAUGGCUGGGUCCCCGGCCAGGCCAUCUACGCCUCCCAAAUGGUUCCGUUUUACGUGUUCUUGGUAUGCAACACGCUCGCGUUCUCGUCGUCCAUCAACCUCAUCAUCUCCCUCACCUGGGGCUUCCCGUUCUUCCUCGAGGUCGUGGUGGCCACCGUGUCGAUGGUCGUCACGUACGGCUCGGCAGUCUUUGCCGUCACUCCCAAGUCGCCCAGCCAUUUCCGGUGGCUGCUCUUCACCGGCUUGGUGCCGUUCUUGCUAAGGCUGGUUAUCCAGAUGGGCAAGUACUACGUGUGGCAUAUGUCUAAGUGAAGUUAAUUCGUCCGUUAGUAUUAUUCGUGUAAUCUAAUCUUCAGCCUCACCUUGCUAGUGAAAAUCCUUAACUUCGUUGAAAGUUUUAUAAUUUUCUUUCCCUCUAUUUCUCCUUUGUUCAUCAUGAAAAGUACAAGAAGGAAGUGGAACUGUAUGGGUAAGUUAAUGGAUAAUGACAUUGACUUUCCAAAUAGAUGUCCAGUUGAUUUGAAAUACGAUGAAGUGGGGAGACAAUUU